GACAUCAUGACAAAAGAGGUUGGGUUAGUGCUGUUGUGAAGGGGGUUGCUCAGGAGCCCCACUAUUAAACACAAGUGGUGAGCUAGGAAGGAGCCUGUUAUUUAUUGUUGGUUACUUUCUGGAAGACACAUUCAAUCAGGAUGCCAGAGCCGGUCAAAAAAACAGUCUCAGCAUUUGCCAAGAAACCAAAGACUCAGGUGGCAGAGGAAGGGGCAACAGUAGUUUUUGAGACAGAGACAGAGAAGCCUGAUGCGAAGGUGAGAUGGCAGUGCAACACAAAGGACCUUGUCUCUGACGACAAGUAUGUGAUCAAGGCAGAUGGAAACAAGCACUCACUUACCAUCCAAGCAGUCACCAAGGAGGACGGCGCUGCCUAUGCAGUGAUUGCCGGAGGGUCAAAAGUCAAGUUUGACCUAAAGGUGAAGGAGAAAGAAGUCAUGGAGGAAGUCAAAUUGGAAUUGAAGGAGAAAGUGAAGGAAGAAGUGAAGGAAAAGAAAGAGGAAGCCCAGGGUGGAGCAGGGGACCCAGCAGCUUCUGAUCCAGCUGCUACAGACACUGUAGCUCCAGCGGAGGCCCCAACCCCAGCAGAGACCCCUGCAGCAGCGGACACUACACCAGCAGCACCUCAGCCAGGUGCCAAUAUACAGGCACAUGACACUCCAGGAUUUGAUGAAAGUCAAGCCCCUGACAUGAAGACAGACCUCACUGGCCUGUUUACAGAGAAACCCCAGAGUGGGGAGGUCACUGUGGGUGAGAACAUCAAUUUUGUGGCUAAAGUGAAUGCUACUUCACUGCUGAAGAAGCCCACCAUCAAGUGGUUUAAGGGGAAGUGGAUGGACCUGGCUAGCAAGUCUGGAAAGAACCUGCAGCUCAAGGAGCUUUAUGAUCGUAACUCUAAGGUCUACACCUUUGAGAUGCAGAUCAUUGCAGCCAAGCCCAGCUUCGCUGGAGCUUACAGGUGUGAGGUGUCAUCCCGCGACAAGUUUGACAGCUGCAACUUUGACCUAACUGUGCAUGAGGCCCGGGCUGUGGAAGGGUUUGACAUCAGGGCAGCUUUCAGGCGCACUAUGGAUGGAAGCGAGGAAGCAGGAGAGUUGGACUUCAGUGCCUUGUUGAAGAAAAGUGCCUCCAAGACCCAGGUCAAAAAUGAGCCUGAUGAGGAUGUAUGGGAAAUCCUCCAGAAGGCUCCAGCCAGUGAGUAUGAGAAGAUCGCCUUCCAGUAUGGCAUAACAGACCUGCGUGGGAUGUUGAAGAGGCUGAAGAAGAUGAAGAAGGAGGAAAAGAAGAGCGAAGUUUUCCUAAAGAAGCUGGACCCUGCCUACCAGGUAGAAAAAGGGCAUAAAAUGAAACUAUGCAUUGAGGUGGCCAAUGAAGACGUAGAUGUAAAAUGGCUGAAGAAUGGGCAGGAGAUUCAAUCAACUGGAAGGUACAUCUUUGAGAGUGUUGGCAACAAGCGAUACCUCACCAUCAACCACUGCUCACUGUCAGACGAUGCCACAUACACUUGUGUGGUCGGAGAUGAGAAGUGCACCACAGAGCUCUUCGUCAAAGAGCCUCCUGUCACUAUUACAAGUCAUCUGGAGGACCAGAUGGUCAUGAAGGGUGAGCGGGUGGAGUUAGAGUGUGAGGUGUCAGAAGAAGGGGCUACUGUCAAAUGGGAGAAAGAUGGUGUGGAGCUGACAAGGGAUGAGUCCUUCAAGUACCGCUUCAAGAAAGAUGGGCGCAAGCACGUCCUCAUCAUUAAUGAGGCAACUAAGGAGGACUGUGGCCACUACACAGUUAAAACCAAUGGUGGUGAAUCUAUGUCUGAACUCAUGGUGUCGGAGAAGGAACUGGAGGUGUACCAAAACAUUGCUGACCUCACGGUGAAGGCAAAGGACGAGGCUGUGUUUAAGUGUGAGGUCUCAGAUGAGACUGUGAAGGGUAUCUGGUACAAGAACGGAGUGGAAGUGAAGGCCGAUGCCAGGACCAAUAUUACACACAUUGGCAGGAUCCACAAACUCACUAUCGCUGAUGUCAAACCUGAGGACCAGGGUGACUACACCUUUGUUCCAGAGGGAUACGCAUUCAACCUCUCAGCCAAACUCAACUUCCUGGAGGUCAAGAUCGAUUAUGUCCCUCGACAAGAUCCUCCAAAGAUCCACCUGGACUGCAUGGGUCACACGGCCGACUCCACCAUAGUGGUGGUGGCUGGGAACAAGCUGCGACUGGACGUGCCCAUCACUGGAGACCCAGCGCCUACUGUGGUCUGGACAAAGGGAGAAAAGGUGAUGACAGAGGGAGAUGGAAGGCUCCACGUGGAGAGCACCAAGGGACACUGUAUCUUCACUAUUGAGGGAGCGGAUAAACAGGACGAGGGCCUCUACUCUGUGAUUGUGCGGAACCCUGCUGGGGAGGACAAAGCUGACAUUAACGUCAAAGUUGUUGAUGCGCCAGACCCUCCCUCGGCCCCAAGGAUCCUCAGUGUUGGAGAGGACUCCUGCGUUGUCCAGUGGGACCCCCCUAAGUCAGAUGGUGGCAACCCGAUCAUUGGCUAUGUGCUGGAGAGGAAGAAGAAGAAGAGCUACAGGUGGAUGAGGCUGAACUUUGACCCCUACACUGAUACUACCUAUGAGGCCAAGAGGAUGAUAGAGGGUGUGGAAUAUGAGAUGCGUGUCUAUGCAGUGAACGCCAUUGGCAUGUCAUGCCACAGCGCUGCCUCACAACCCUUCAUCCCAGUGGCCCCAACCAGUGAGCCCAUCGGCUUGUGCGUGGAUGACAUCAGUGACACUACCAUCUCACUGAAGUGGAGAACCCCGGAGCAUCUGGGUUCGUCUGAGCUGCAUGGCUAUGGGGUCGAGUACUGCAAGGAGGGCUCUGAUGAAUGGGUGCCAGCUUUCGAGGGUCUGACAGAGAGGACAUCUGUGAUCAUCCGGGACCUGCCAACCGGGGAGAAGAUGCAGUUCCGUGUCAGAGCCUACAACAUGGCAGGGCCCAGUGCACCUAUCUCCCUAGCACAGGCCGUCACUAUCCGCGAGAUCAUGCAGAAACCCAAAAUCUGGAUUCCUAGAAAUCUCCGCCAGACCCUCAUCAAGAAAGUGGAGGAGACAAUCAACCUUGUGAUCCCUUUCCAGGGCAAGCCUAGGCCUGUGAUCACCUGGAGUAAAGAUGGGGAGCAUCUGAACCCGAAGCAGGUCAGCGUCCGAAACAGUGACACUGACACAAUCCUGUUCAUCCGCAAGUCAGAGAGGAAGGACUCUGGGAAGUAUGAAGUCAAGCUGCAGAUUGAGAAUGUUGAGGACACAGCCAGCAUCUCAAUUCAAAUAGUCGAUUUGCCUGGGUCUCCAGAGAAACUGAAGAUCAUGGAUGUUUGGGGCUUCAAUGUGGCUCUGGAGUGGAAGCCACCCAAGGACAAUGGAAAUUGUGAAAUAACCGGCUACAUGAUUCAGAAGGCUGACAAGAAGACCAUGGAAUGGUACACUGUCUAUGAGCUAUAUAGGCGAACUAACUGUGUGGUGGCUGAUCUCAUCAUGGGGAAUGAAUACAUCUUCCGUAUCUACGCUGUGAACAUGGUAGGCCUCAGCCUAGAGCCCUGCUUCUCAGCAGACAGUGCCUACAUCCAGAAAACAGGUUUCGAAUACAAGCCUCCAACCUACAAGGAGCAUGACUUUUCCGAGGCGCCUAAAUUCACACACCCUCUAAUGAGCCGUUCAGUCAUAGCAGGCUACAACGCCACCCUCAGCUGCUCUGUCAGAGGCAUCCCCAAGCCCAAAGUGACAUGGUACAAAAACAAGAUGGACAUCUCCAACGAGGCCAAGUACCGUAUGUUCAGUAAGCAGGGCAUACUCACCCUGGAGAUCCGCAAGCCCUGCUCAUUUGACGGGGGAGUGUACAUGUGCAAAGCAGUCAACGCCAGUGGAGAAGAUGUAGUGGAGUGCAAGCUGGAGAUUCGCCCACCUGGCACUUUCCCCCAAGCUCAAAUCACCAAAGAGGAGAGGGAUAAGCAGACGAACAAGGCUGAUUAGAUGUAAAGAAGCCGGUUGAAGAUAGGAUGGAUGUCCUGUCUCAUCCUCCACGGACCUCCACUGGGACCCUGGCCAGACUACAGCUCAAUGUGAAGAGACCAGAGAUAAUCCAUUAGUUUUCAUUACCCUGUGUCCCACUACCACCCCGUUAUGUGCACAUGCCAAUCUUCCCGGUUCCCUGUUGUGAAAUCAUCUUACAUAGGUCAUCCAAGGCACUACAUUCAUCCACAUCGUGUUAUUGUACCUUUAUUUAUUUCAUGGAAUAAUUUGAAGAGUAGCAAAGGACUGCAUUGUUUGAUUCACUCUUGCAUCCUUAGUAGAAAAAUGUUAUUGAGUAUUAGUGGCAAAGAUCAUUUGUUUUAUGUAUGAAAAAUAAAUGUAAAGCUUUGUCAACGGGCA